AUGUCGUCCUCCAUGGCAAAGCUGCAGCCGACGCAGAAGAACGAGGCAGACCCGGCACAAACAUCCAAAACUGCCACGAGCCAACCGCCCGCGAUGCUGGAAGAGGAUGAUGAGUUUGAGGAUUUCCCAGUCGAAGAUUGGUCACAAGAGGACACCGAAGUACCUGGAGGAACGACACAUCUGUGGGAGGAGAGCUGGGAUGACGACGACGAAAAUGAGGAUUUCAGCAAACAGCUAAAGGAAGAACUGAAAAAGGUCGAGGCAACGAAGUCAUGA